AUGAACGGGCUUUCCAAGAGGCUCAGCUCUCAUUUAAACAGGGUCGGCCACCACGUUCGGCAAACUAUCGUGGAACAGGCACGCGCAACUCUCGGAGAUGACCAGUUUGAGGCCAUUAGCGGGGCCCCCGGUCUACCCGAGCCCAUCCCGGAGAGGCAAGAGGACGUUAACAAGCAGGCUGACGCAGCUAUAAGGGAUUUGUUUCCUCGCAUACCCAAUACCGAUCGCCAGACGAUCAUCGAACAUGCCUUCAAUAAGUCGAGGCCGACCGGCAAGGAUGGCCCACCAGUUGGGCUUGCUCCUGAUGUCACCCUCUCACGCCGUGUCCAGUUGGCGGUUCUUGCCCAUAUCCGGCACAACCAUACGAGGUACGACCAGUUGCUGAAAGAAACGGCCUACGUCAACGCAAGGAAGGCCGUUGAAUCGCUCUGUCUCGACAUCCUGGUCAAGUGGCGAGGAGACGAGGAGACAGGACGGGACCAGCUUGACGAGAUUCUCUGCGAGGUUAUUGUCAUCUCAGACUCCGAGAGCGGCGACUCUGACUCCGAUGACUCCGAUGAUUCUUCCACCGUUUCAUCGGCCGACGAGGGCCCCGUGGACCGCGUGAUGGGAGACAGCGUGCCAGUCCGGACAGAGCUGCCAGCCGUGAGCCUACCGCAGGCCUCGUUGGUGACCAGCAGCUCUCGGAGCGAAGGGCUUCGAGCGAACCACGCCCCACAAAAGGUCAUGAAGACCGCUCGCAAAGACAAGAAGGCGGUCAAGUGGGGACAGCGAGGCUUUCAGCGCUACCAAGCGGCCCGAGAUCAGGCCUGGCAUCAGGCCGUAGAACGGCAGCGGCUCGAGAACGACGAGCCGAUGACUUCCAAUGGCCCCGGGGCUGCGGACGGGUCUGCUAGUCAUGGGCCACAGCAACGGCGGACGGACGAGCCCGGUCGCCCAGACUCCGGAAUGGUGACCCGCAACCAAGCGGAGUCAGCGUACCAUGCUCACCGCCCCUAUGUCAGCCCUGUGGCUCCUGUAGAUGUGCCUCACGGGCCUGGGCACUGGGCCAAUGAGCCUCAGAGGACAGUUCCGGCGACGACAUACCAUAUGUCGCAGCAAAUUCGCACUCGGGAGUAUACCCCCAGCAGUGGGUUCAGGCCUAUAGUUGGGUCUCGGACCGCCCCAUUUGGGGCUCCUGAGAUUGAGCGCGCGGACCACCAUGGACAAGAUCUCAAGGAUUAUCUCCUGCCAUCCAUUGAGCCUGCUUCUCCGGGGGCGCCAAGUCAGCCCUAUCGAUCCCCCGUCUUAUAUCGCCCGCUUGAGCCCGGCCUCUCCUAUGCCGGGCAGAGUUCGAUCGGCAGGGUAACUCAACAUCCGGGGGAAACCGUUGGUGCCGUUACCACCGCUCAAAAUGGCCGUCCUGACUUUGUAGAGGAAGGCUUUAUCAAGCUGCCUCCACGUUCGGGCCCAACUCGGAUGUCCCUGGCCCCCGAGCAACACCGGCCCCCCGAGCAAAGCCGGGAACCUUUUAUUUUGCUGAACCCUCAAGACUCUAGCGCAACAGGAAACAGUGGCGCGGCAGCUAUUCCUAGCGGUUUAAGCUCUCGGCAUCCCUCGACACGGUGGGAUGGUGCCACGGCCCGUGAUGACUUGGACCUGCGGCCUGGGAGACGGCCGGUCUGGAUUGGGCAUGACGGGGCUAUCCUUAGAUCGGAGUCCCGGCCGAUCAUAAUCCAGGACUACGCCCCACCGCCUAGGGUGCCGCCGCGGCGCAUGGACUCAACGUUGGACAAUCGCCGCCCGUCCCCUAUCCAACGGGCCGAUGUUCGCCAUCUUGGCCGUGGGUGGAUGGAUGACCGCGACAGACUACAUGUUGAUUCUAGCAUCUCCCAGCGGAUUCAAAGUCUGCCAGGCGAGUUUGUGGAAAUCGUUCGAGUUUCUAAUAAGUUCCCCCGGCAGCACGAACCGCGCCCAGCCCCCGCGGAAGCAGGCCGGUACGGGAUGUGGCCUGCUGCACAACAGCAGGGCAAUCAACAACAACAGCCGGUCGGCGGUUCUGCGCGAUACGACGCUCGGCAACUCCCUGGCCCAGGACAGCGAAUCGAACGAGUCGUAGGGAGGGUCGAGGUCCCUGUGUUCCACGACGAAUAUGUGCCUUUCGCCGCCCAGCAACCCCAGGGGUACCCGAGGCAGGAACGUGUGGCUGGGAUCGAGUAUGUCCGCCCCCAUCCAAGGUAA